GAUUUUCAUUUAAAGAAACAACGAUUUCCCAUCUGGACGCUUUGAACAGACAAUGCCUCCACGACCAGCACCCUUGCAUACCUUGCGGUCUACGCUACCAACCUAUCAGAUAUUCGCCGCCAACACAGGGGUUGGAAAGACGGUCUUCUCGGCAGCCCUCUGUAGAGCGGCUACAAAGGUCCCACUACACGCAUUUGAAAAGAGAAACGGGAAUGAUAAAAAAACUCGGCGAGUGUAUUAUGUGAAACCAGUGCAGACAGGGUUUCCGGUGGAUUCGGAUGCUAGGCAUGUGGAGACAUUUUGUCCAGAUGCAGCGACAAGUGUCAUUUUUACGUACCGGGAGCCGGCCGGUGCGCAUUUGACGGCUGUCCGCGAAAACAAACCAGUGUCGGAUGUGGAGCUCUUGCGCGCGACUCAGGAUGCCCUAGAUGGUGCAUGGAAGGAGAGCGCAGGGAAUCCUGCCAUUGCAUUUCUGGAAACCGCUGGAGGCGUGAACAGUCCGGUCAUGUCUGGUACACUCCAGUGUGAGGCGUAUCGCCCUCUUCGACUUCCUACUCUUCUCAUUGGGGAUGCGAAACUUGGUGGAGUCUCCACAACUCUCUCAGCAUAUGAAUCCCUGCAUAUUCGUGGUUACGACAUAUCCGGGAUCGUCAUGUUCGAUUCCACGCAAUAUCAAAACCAUCAUGCGAUCCGUAAAAACAUUGAUCCGUCUGUUCCUGUCUACAUCUUCUCGCCUCCUCCUCCCUUUCCCGCCUCCCGCUCACAAGAAGGACCUGAUGUACACGAAAAGAUGCUGGACGCAACUAACAUGAUGGUGUAUUACGAAAACUCGGAGCGUGGUGCGAUGCAGGUUGUUCAAGGAUUGUUGGAUGAGCACUGGAAUCGAGUGACAAGGUUAGAGGAGAUGGCUGCCGAUGGUGAAAAGAAGAUCUGGUGGCCAUUUACUCAACAUGGAGAUGUGGGCAAACCGACUGUGAUCGAUUCUGCCCAUCAAGAGUUCUUUACUACGUAUCAUUCUGGCGCGUCGACCCCUGCAGCUCCUUCAUCAUCAUCAUCGCUACAAGUGGAAGGUACAACAACGCCCCAAUAUGACGCUUGCGCCAGCUGGUGGACUCAAUCGUUCGGACACGCAAAUACGCAGCUCACGCUGGCGGCCGCCCACGCGUCCGGACGAUACGGUCACGUCAUCUUCCCAGAGUGCAUCCACGAACCCGCUCUGAAACUUUCCGAAAAACUCUUGUCAACAGCGGGUAGAGGAUGGGGCUCACGCGUAUUUUACUCUGAUAACGGAUCAACGGCGAUUGAAGUAGCCAUCAAAGCCGCUCUCAAAAAGACUGAAAAGGACAUGAAACGUAAUGGUACGUGGCAGGAUGGGCGAACCCUUGGUGUGGUUGGGAUCGAGGGGAGUUAUCAUGGGGAUACUAUUGGCAGCAUGGACGCUUGCGGCCCGAAUGUGUAUAACGAGGAAAUAAAUUGGUACAAGCCCCGUGGUCUAUGGUUCGCACCACCAACGAUUGUCUUCAAAAAUGGGCAGUAUACCCUCCGCCUCCCACCCUCCCUCCAACACACAAGAUCCGCACCCACCUUCCAAUCGCUUUCCGACGUAUUUUCGUUGGACCGCACUGAUCUCCUCGAGGUUUACUGUGCACACAUCCAGCAAACGCUAGCAAAAUACCUGACCACUACACCUUUGGGCGCGUUGAUCAUUGAACCCCUUCUUUUGGGCGCCGGUGGCAUGGCUUUCAUAGACCCUCUCUUUCAACGCAUAUUGAUACGAGCAGUCCGAGCCCUCGAUCAACCCCUUCCAGUCAUUUACGACGAAGUGUUUGUCGGGUUUCACCGUCUUGGGCUCGGUCUUCAUUCUCCCGGUACGCAAUUGUUGGGAGAGUACCCUGAUCUAGCUUGUUAUGCAAAAUGCAUGACAGGAGGUCUUGUGCCUCUUGCUGCGACCGUUGUAAAGGAGGAAAUUUUUGAGGUGUUUAAAGGGGAAGGUAAAAAGGAGGCUCUCCUCCAUGGGCACUCAUAUACCGCGCAUCCCGUUGGAUGUGCGGUUGGGGUCAGGACCUUGGAAAUGUUUGAGGAGAUGGGCGCGAAGGCGGGUGGAGUGGAAUGUUUGAGCAGGGUUUGGGAUGAAGAGCUCAUCCAAACCUUAUCCAAUCUCCCAACUACCGACGGUGUCAUUUCCUUGGGCAGCGUCCUGGCCAUUGAACUCUCCACCACCGAAAAGGGCUACGCAUCUCACGUUUCCGCCAACGUCAUCAAGAAACUGCGUGAACACGGUCUCUAUACUAGACCGCUGGGGAACGUCAUUUACAUCAUGGCACCUGUGGUUGCUGUGAGGAGCGAAAAGGACCGAGAAGUACUGAAAUGGGUGGCCAAUGUGCUAGUGGAUGUUUUGAGUAGAACAGCAUAGAAAGUUUUGGUGUAGAAUCAUUUUUAGAUAAAUGGGGGGAACAAUGCAUGCAAACUCAAAUGAUGGUCCUUGGGGAUCUUGACAACACACACUACAUAACUGCACA